CACCACCCCAUCUAUCUAUCACCUAUCUUUCAAAGAUAGCUCUACCUUGUCCAUAAUGGGUCACUGGAGGGAUAUUUUCAGCAGAGAUGACACCCAGGCUCGACAUCGUCUCCAUAUGGAGAGGCGCCGAUUGCUGCCUUCAUAUGCCGCCGACGAAACAGCUCCGAGCGGUCCCUCGAAAGAAGUUGCUAAAGUAGCUCUUCGGUUGAAGUAUCAGAUUGAACAAGUUGUUUCCUGCGAGCUCGAUGAGAGCCUCAUCACCGACCCGAAUAGCCGCAUCAUCACCAAAGACGUGCUGCAGACCGCAAAGCAAGCUGGUGGAGAGGAGCUCCGGGCCUGUGUUCUCUAUUGCCUGCUUGUGUGUCUACGGUGGUUCAAGAUUCAAGCUCUUGUCGAGCUCUGGGACUCUGACCUUCACGAAUGUCGAGCCCUCGCAUGUGAAGUUAUUGCGAAGCGGAUAAUUGAAUCCGAGGAAGAUGAAGACUUUCUAUUCAAAGAGGCCCUGUUGAAGCGGUACUCCAUCUUCGUAGACGGGGAAGAGACAUACCCCGCAAACGUCAUCGAACGCUCCGUGGACCUUCAUGCCCUUAGGGUAAUUGGGUCCUCGAAUUACCAGAAAUGUAUUAAGUAUCUUUGGCAUGGCUGGUAUUGCCAGCAGGACGGCAACCCCACCAACUUUGUGGAAUACCAUAACAAAGACAAUACUGAUUUUUGGUCUCAUUUUCACCCGGAUCGGAUGAAGACUCCCCUGUAUCAGAACAUGUGCCAGAUACUCUUCUCGUUGGUAUACUUGGCGCUGUACACUGGCGUCAUCAAUACUGUCAAUCCGACCGGGGACUUGGAUUUUGUUGAAGGAAUUCUCUACGUUAUGACGCUUGCCUUCAUCUGCGACGAGUUGACCAAACUUUGGAAGAUCGGAAAGAACUACUUUGACUUUUGGAAUGCUUUCAACUCGACACUUUAUACGAUCCUUGCUGUGUCAUUCUUCCUGCGCAUUACUGCACUCGCACACUCACCCUCUGCAAAUGAUGAGCUAAGGUUGAAGUACAAUCGGCUCAGCUACAACUUUCUAGCUUUUGCGGGGCCAAUGUUUUGGAUGCGCAUGAUGCUUUACCUGGACUCGUUCCGCUUCUUCGGUGCCAUGUUCGUCAUUCUCAGGGUUAUGAUGAAGGAAAGUUUGAUCUUCUUUGCCCUUCUUUUCGUCGUUCUCGUGGGCUUCUUCCAGGCAUUUAUGGGAAUGGCUCAAGUCGACUCCGACAUUCCCAUCACGAGAACUAUUAUUCAAGGAAUGGCAAAUAGUGUCAUGCAGAGCCCUGAGUUUGAUACUUUUCAAGAGUUUGCUUUCCCGUUUGGUAUCAUUCUCUACUACAUUUUCACGUUCAUUGUCAUGACUGUCCUGUUGAACAUUCUGAUUGCACUCUACAAUAGCGCAUACGAAGACGUCUCUGAUAAUGCCAUUGACGAGUACAUGGCAAUUUUUGCCCAGAAGACAAUGCAGUUUGUCCGGGCACCAGACGAGAACAUGUUCAUACCACCCUUCAACCUCCUAGAAAUCAUUUUCCUAAUCGCCCCGUUUGAAUGGUGGCUACCGGCUCGCUAUUACUCAAAGGCCAACGACGUGGUCAUGGGCAUCAUCUACUCACCCGUACUUCUAAUCACCGCAACAGUCGAGACUCGCCAAGCUCGACGAAUCAGAUGGAACCGUCGCCGCGGCGAAGAAGACGACAAUAACGCACAAGAAUGGGAGCACGUCGCGGAAGAAGUGGAUUUCGAUAUUGACGACAGUUGGAAGCAGGCGGUGCAGGACUCCACGCCAGAUGUUCAUGUGGAUCCCUGUAGCUUGGAGGUCAAGUUGUUGAAGGAACAGGUUAUAGUGUUGGCAGAGAUGGUCAAGACAUUGACUGAGGAGAAGGGCAUGAAGGAGGGCGCGGCCACUGCUGCUGUUGCUACUACUGCUUCUGGCCCCCCUCCCCCUUCCUCUUCUUCCGGUACCGCCGCUGCUGAUGGUAGUGGCGAGUUUGCUGGAAUUGAAGCAGUUUCAUGGUAAUGGGGCGCGCAGACUGAUCUUAUGCAUUAUGCUUGAUACUACGAUGAUUUAUGUUCUAUGUCUAUAACGAUCUCUUAUCUGCCUUUGGAGGCUUGGUGUUUAUUGUCUGCUUUAUUUACCUGACUGGGAUAGCGUUUCAAGCAAGGAAAAAUAAAGGAAAAGAAGAAGAAAAAAAAAAAUGUAAAUAUGCAAAAACCAAGCAAAAAAUGCAAAAAGGAAAGCCGAACGCGGGGGUCGAACCCGCAGCCUUGAGAUUAAGAGUCUCACGCUCUACCGAUUGAGCUAGCCCGGCUGCUCUUGUUG